AAAGACGAAGUGAGAAGACAACGAAAAUACGGAAAGGGAAGUGGAACGCGAAAGCAUUGCACAAGAAGUCCUCGAUGCAACCAAAUAUACAGAACUAAGGCUGACGAACGCCAAUGCCAUUUCUGCUUGGUUUUGCUUAACUUCCCGAGAGCUCGAAACGAAAGCGGGAUUGGACACGCUCAAGAACACGAGAGGAAAUCUCUUUCACACACUCUCACAAAACUAAAAGUUCGCUAUGGCAGGAGCAUUUCACGGUCGCUCUGACGUCACGCACAUAAACAUACACAGCUGGUUGAGGCACUAGCCGCCAGCAGAUUGAAUGCAGAGUCGAAGGCGCUAAAAUUCUCCGUGGAACACACACUUGUUAUUGUUUAGUUAUUUCUGCUAACUGCAGUUCUAAGCAAAAAUGGGAGACAAUGCUGAAUCCCACAAUUCUGAUGAUCAGAGAGAAGAAGCUGCAGGUGGCACAUCAAGACAGCGUAACUUUAGUGAGAGUUCAGUGAGUGGAGAUGAAUCUUCUGAUGGAAAAAGACUGAGGACAACACAAACAUUUGCCAUGUCUGGAGUUCCAGCUUCUCCACCAAAAUUUGUUUCUCUUGAGGAAAUAAUUAAAGCUGCAAAUGGAAUGAAUAACUUGGUUCUUGCCCACGAAAUUGCAGUAGAUAGAGAUUUCAAAUUAGAAAAACUGAAUCCUCCAGAAAACAGUCUUCGCAAACAAGUUCGAGAUACUAUGCACAAAGCAUUCUGGAAUUUGUUGAAAGAGCAAUUAGAUGAAGAUCCUCCUAAUUAUUCUCAAGCUUUAGUAUUAUUAGAAGAUAUAAAACAGGGACUGCUUUCGGUGCUACUUCCUCAGCACACAAAGAUGAAACAGAAUGUUUUAGAAAUACUUGAUUCUAAACUUAUUGAACAGCAGGUUGAGGCAGGAACAUUAAAUUUUAAGGAAUAUGCUCAUUACGUUAUAUCACUAAUGGGGAAGAUGUGUGCACCAGCACGAGAUGAAAAGAUCAAAGAACUGACAGAAAUGACUGAUGUUGUGGAAGUUUUUCAGGGAAUUUUGGAGCUACUUGACUUAAUGAGAUUGGAUAUGGUAAAUUUUACAAUUCAGCUCAUUCGGCCAGGCAUUAUUGCUUCGAGUAUAGAAUAUGAAAGACAGAAGUUUAAAGAAUUUCUUGCUGUUCAACAAGAUGGACUUGCUAUUACCCGAGUAUGGUUGCUGAAGCAUUUACCUUCCACUGAAGUGGAGGACAGUUCUCCUGAUGGGGUCAAAAAGCUAACAGAAGCUGCUUUAGGAGAGGCGUAUCUUGAAUUGUUGGAAUGGGCUGUUGAUUCACCAUUUCCUGAGACUGUUGUUCUAGACGAAGCAAGAUUUCGUGAGUUAGCUGUACGGGUUUACCACUUAACAAUUAUUGGUGCUAUAUUGUUAUUGGUGGCAAGUUGUGCUCCAUCUCUUCAAGGUGUAGCCUCUUUCAGAGAGAUUGUUAAGAAGCAUUUACAAACCUUAUUAAGUGAAAUUAAAGCUGAUGAAGAACUUCAAAGAGCAAUUGAUAAUAUAUCUGUUCAGAUUCUUAAGGAUGUUAAUGAUUCUUUAAAAUCCCAUGGAUUUAGAGAGUUGGAUGAGUCCACAACCAAUGUACUUCUAGUUCAAGUGAAGGCUGUGAGUGAAGCUAAUCACAGAAUAAAGGACCUUGUCAGUAAACGCAUUAAGGAAUUUCUUCUCCAAACAAUUAUGUCACCAACUGCUGCUCCUGUGCGGGUCCCACCAGGCCUUUCCACAUUACAAGCUGAGUUGACAUCGAUUACAGGAAAUUUCCUACGAUUAGUAUCUCACAAUAGAUCUGUAUUUAGUGAGUACUAUAUUGAUAUUGUUUCUGCAGCUGUCUCAAAAUAGAUCAGUGAUGUACCCUGCAGUGUAAUGACUUUACACAUGUGAUCAGCAGAAUCAAACUGCUCCAAAUACAAGGAUGUUAAUUAAUUAACAAUGAAAUUUUUCCAUAUGAGAGUUCUUUCCAUAUGAUCAAUGUUAUUGAUUGUGUUGCUUUUGCAAAGGGUCUUAAACACUCCUGUUUUGAGUUGUGUACAUUAUGAUGUUUGGUGUUGUUGUUUUAAACAUGUUUUUUUAUGUUAAAAAUUUAUUAUGUUCUGUUGCUGUGAUUUUUGCAUCUUACAAGAUGUAUGUAAAUUAGAUUCAAUAUUAUUUAAUAUAAAUAAAAUAUGUGCUACUUCUAUAGGGGGGAUUAGCAGUGAAGCAGUUCAAAAUAAUUUUCAGAAUAUUCUGAAAGAAAACUGUUGGCUUCAUGGGCAGGAUUUGUCCAUAUAUCUUUUUUAGGCAAUGUUCAUUUAAUAAUAUUGCCAUGAAAACAAUUACAUGAUUGAUUAUCUUUGGAACAUUUAAUGCUAUUGUUUUAUAUUUAUAAACAGCUCAAAGUGAAACUAAUUGCACUUUCAGCUAAAUGUUCUUAUUUCCAUAUAUUACAUGAAACAAACUGAAAGAUGGGAAUUCAUUUGUGAGAAUGCAUUGAAAGAAACAUCAGCAUUGCAACCUAAAAUAGUUCAUUUUAUUUUUCUUGAUUUUUAUUUGACAUGAAAUUGUCAUCAGUCAUUUAUAUUGAACAUAAAAACAUAAUUUAUGUUUUAAAUGAAAAUGAAUGUCUGUGCCUUGUUACAAGGCAUAACUACUGCCAGAACUCAUUUAGUACUUCCACCAGCUAAUCCACCCUGUGUAUGUUGUGAAAUAUAACUGGUGUUGUUUGUUGUUGUUUUUUUGCAUUGUAAUUGGUUUAUACUUAAAGAAAGCCAAAUCAUAAAUAUUUUAUGUUAUUCAUAAUUAUACUUGUAAUUGAAAAUGUUUUAUGUGCCUGUGAUUUUUUUUUUCUUGUAAAUAGCGCUACAUUAGGAACAUCUCUUUAAGAAUGUGUAUUAGUUUCAUGAAGCCUGAUCAAAUAAUUGGACAUUCUUCAGUCUACAUGUGGAACUAUUUAUUGACAAGGUAGCACUGGGGAAAUGAAGGAAGAAUUGGGUAAUGUUCUUGAAAAUGUUUUGCAUUUUUUCAAAUGAUUUAAACAAAUAUUUAAAUUUAAAAAUUACAGGACAUGAACAAAAUGAAAUGGUAAGCAUAAUUACAAUUGAUUCUAAGAUUUUUGCUACAGAUUUAGGGCAAAAUUUGUAAUUAUGCCAUUAAAAAUAUCGACCUCUUUGCUUAUUUUAUGGACUGGACCUCCAUUAUUACCAUUAUUUCGUCAACAGUAAAACAUGUUUCAUUUGUUAAUUAUGAUCAUUGAUCUUUUGCUCGCAUCCCUUCAUUCAAUUCUUAGUUAUGGGCAUAGUGGCUUUGGGUCUUAUAACUGUCAAGAUAUUGAAUUUGUUGAGGACGACCUCGUCUGUAAGAAUUCUUAAUGACUCUAACACGAAUAUUUUUCAUGGCGUCAUAUCUUCCUGGCUGGUCUAUCAGCAACUCAUUACAAUAUCUCAUGUACUUUUCAGAAUCAUUUUAUUAAAUACUGUAGAUUAAUAAGAACGGAAUAGUUGUAGUCAUUCUGAAUGAAAAUAUAUUACAAGGUAUUAAACCUAAGGCCAAGAUCAGAUUAUUUGCUCUUCUCUUUUGGACUUGCUCGUCAAACUGAUAAUUAAUGAUAGAGGUUCAUGACUGAUUUUGGUAGGCUUCUGGUUUCCUUGCCUCUCAUUCAACCAUUUUUUAUGAUCUUUUGCUAUAAUAGAUAAAAUUAUCAAGGUUUACCUGUUAACAAACUUGUUUUACUGCAAGGUUUCUUAAUUGAGCUCCUCAAAUAUGUAUAAUAAUUUUUGUCAAAUGUCAUAAUUGUGGAAGGACAUGCAUUGAAACAUGAAGAAUUCUCAGUGGAAGGCUCUUUAACUUACGCUAUUACCAAGGGUACCUAUAAAACCAUCUGAUUCCCUUUACAUAGUUUCCUAGAAAAACUACAUAGUUCUAAUUUUUGUAACAUAUGAUGGCACUAAUGUGUGGUGUUCACGUUUUUCAUAAACUUACUAUGAUAAAUAUGUAGACUGAAGCAACAAAGAAGAUUGAAUCUUAAAUUUAAUUUUUUAUUCACCCUUUGAAUUGGGUUUGUACUGCUGAAAAACAAUGAAAAUGUAGUGGAU